AUGUACAGAAACUUUGGGAACUUGGGCCGAGGAGGCAGCGACUCUAGGUCCCCCCACACCGGAUCGAGCGCUGUAUCCCAGGGCACCAGCGCCACAACUACUCAACAAGAUCAGGUAGGCACACAUAUUGGUCUAUGUUGAUAAAGAUUAGCAAGAGUAAUAAAUGAUAAUUUUUGUGUACAGUUUCCCCUCUCAAUAAUUAUGAUAUUGCUUAAUCAUAUUAAUUGCAGAAUGUAGUAAUAAUAAGGAAUUAAUGGCAUAAUAUGGACAUAAGAAAUGUACUAGGCUAAUAAUUGUGUUAUAGCCAUGGUGCAGUUUGAUUACCAUUGUCUGAUGAAUUGAUACACAUAAUGGAUUUAACCAUUUAUAUUCAAUGCUCACCGUCUUUGUCAAGAUUGUUGCCUUUACAUCCGGAUGCACGCAUAUAUCCAUGUCAAAUGCAUGCAUAGGAUGUCCAUUGCCCAUGUCAAAUAUCUGGUUCAAAAGAAUUGCUUUGCUGUAAAUCACUUUGUUUGUUAGUUUAUCCACCAUCUCAUUACUCUAACCUCAUCCUUACCAUCUCUUUCUCUUACUGUCUCUCUCUCUUUCUCUUAAGAAGUUCACUGUGGCAGGAGGCAGCCAGUUUGUCCCCAGUCUCAAUGCCAUCACUUCCAACCAAGACCUCCAGUGGUUGGUCCAGCCCUCCCUCAUCGGUCCACCUGGCCCCUCACGGCCUCCACGUCCUCCUUACCCACCUGGCCCCUCACGGCCUCCACGUCCUCCUUACCCACCUGCAGCAGGAAUGAGGUCCUUCAACCCUUCACCUUCCCAACCACACCUCUACAGACCAGGGGUCAUAAGGGCAGCGGCAAGAUCCGGGAGCACAACCAGACGCAGGAACGAUGAACAUGUAAGAAUAUGUGUGGUCUUUAGCCAGCAGGGUGUAAUACUAUGUAAUUUACUUUCAGAGUCAAUCAAAAUGUAGGUAGGCAUUGUGCCAGAAUGUGGGUGGAUAUCUGACCAAAAUGCAGAUGAAAUGUAAGGUCACUUAACACAACAUAGACCUACAUUUAGAUUUGGAAGAUGUGGUUGUCUUUGAAGAGGGACACUUUAGCAGGCCCUUUUCCAUGUAGUUGUCUUAUUAAUAGUGCUACACUGAAUAAAGAAACUACUGAGAGGAUUAGAAGUGCUCCGGUGAGACUGAGAGGGGCAGGGAAACUACAGACUUCACAGAGGUGUAGAGACAGACAGUUGAGUCAGUGUGUCAGUAGUGUGUAAUAUCCUGUAAUGUGUGUGACUGACUUAUACGUCUGACAUGGCAGUGAGAUUUCACCACACACCCGUCUUAUCUGAUAGGUUGAAAACAAAAUUACAGAAACAAAUAUUCCUGAGAGCUUUCUUUUGAACGGUAUAGAUUUUUGCGAAAAUGUGGAAAUUCCAGAUAAUUCAGAGGUUGACCACGCAUUUGUUUUGGUUGACAACUAUGUACUUUGGAACAGCUAUGUACACUGACCUGCUUCAUCAUUGUUUGAGAUAAGCCACUCAUUUGAUAUUAGUGUGACAUUGGCUUAGUGCUCGAAAGGAUGAGAGCUUCUAUCAACCUGUUUGAGCCAAAAUAUAUCUGACACGAGCGGGUUCACAAAAUGUAAGAUGGCAAGACAUCAAGUAGUUAAACUACUAGUAGGUUUUGUUUUCCUUGAGAGUAGAUUAUUUUCAUACCUGUUGGCUUUGUUACACUUUUAGAAUGUGUGGUUGAGUGAGCUGAAAUUUGAUGGGACAGGAAAUGGGCUAUCAUGUGAUUCACUGGGGCAAGUCAUAUGACUCAUACCUGAGUCACAAUUGGGGUCUGAGUGACUCAUCACAAUACGGGGCGGGAGAAAUUGGAUGAACAGAAACAGAGAACUGACAAUGUUAAAUGAAAUUGGAAAAAGGGCGUAACAAAAUGACAAAAGGCUCCGACAUUACGAAAUUAAGGGCAAUCUUGAAAGUUUGAAUGUAGUGACUCAGUUUAUACACAAGGUGGUAGUAUUUCACCACGCUAAACACAUUUUACAGUCAUCUGCUAUUCAGUCCAGUCCCUUUAUUCAAUUGAGUUGUAAAACAUAUUACAACUUUUUUCAGUCAUAAUUCUGCCUCAUCAAAUGUCUUUCUCUCACUUUAGUUGUCCCCAGAGGAGCUGGAGAGACGCAGAAUAAGGAGAGAGCGGAACAAACAGGCAGCUGCCAAGUGUCGGAACCGUCGACGUGAGCUGACAGACACGCUGCAAAUCGUAAGUUGUAUUUUAUUUCAGGAGGGCGAUAAACAUAUAUAUUUUAAAGUUUGUAAAUCAUCAACUACUGGAUUUCUCUACCAAUUGAAAAAGAAUAGAUUGACAAUACAACCCUAAUCUUUUCUCUUUAAUUUUCCCUCUCUUAGGAGACAGACGAGUUGGAAGGUAGAAAGUCCUGUCUGGAGAAGGAGAUUGCUGAACUACAGAAGGAGAAAGAAAAGCUAGAGUUGGUUCUAGAGGCCCACCGCCCCAUUUGCAAGAUCCACGACUCUGACUCGGAUUCUGACCAGAGCUCAGAGCUUCCCUCAUUGGGAGGAAUCAAAAUUGAGCCUGAGCUUUCUGACCUACCAGGGAGCUCAGCAAAGAGCCAAUCAAGGAUUGAGAAGCCCAAACCUAAAAUUACUAUCCCUGUCCGUACUGUGACCUCCUCUGCCUCUGCUGUCCCCAUGGAAUCUGAGUCCCUUCACACCCCAAUUCUUAUUUCUACUCCAUCUCUUACUCCUUUCACAGCUAGUCUGGUCUUCAGUUAUCCCUCUGGCUCUCUAGACUCCAGUUCCACUAUUUCAUCCCAGGCUCUAGCCACUCUGUCAUCUUCCUCUCAACAUGGUGUGGACCCAGCAGUCUCGAAACCCCCAGCCCUGUAG